AUGAAUUGUUUAGUCGCUCAGUCCUGUCCGGCUCUUUGCGACCCCAUGGACUGCAGCACGCCAGGUCUCCCUGUCCUUCAGUAUCUCCCAGAGUUUGCUCAGACUCACUUCCAUCGAGUUGAUGAUGCCAUCCAGCCAUCUUAUCCUCUGUCACUUUGCUCCCUUCUCCUCUUGCCCUCAACCUUUCCCUGCAACAGGGUCUUUUCCAAUGAGUCAGCUCAUUAUAAUGGAAAAGAAUAUGAGAAAGAAUGUGGAUAUAUGUUAAAAAAAAAAAGUUGGAUACAUUUAGAGGGAGAAUUGCCUUUCAAAGGGGUGAGUAUGUUGCCAGAAAAAGUUCUAAGUCCGGUGAACCCUUGGCUGGUUAGUCUCUCAGACUUUAUUGUUUUGAUUUGGACUGAAAUCCGGUGA